CUCCUACCAUCCAACGUGCAGCUUUAUCUGUGGCGGAUGCUGGAAGUUGUAGUUCAAGGCUAUGAGGCGCCUCCGCCUCAACUUUCAGAAAUCAAAGCUGGGGAAUUUAGUUAGGCCACGCCUCUCUCUGGGGAAGCGUAUUGGUGUUAGCGCUCGCUGUUACAUUGAAGGGGCGUGAUAAACCUCAAUGUGUUACUAAGGCAACGGAAGCUAGCAAUGUUGUGUUGCUCCUAAUCCAUGGGAGUGAAGCUGCUGUGCGACCGAGAAGCUAGUGAAAAAGAUGAGCAGUUUAGGAGAGGAGAAAGCUGAAUUGAGUGACUCUUCCACAGAAGAGGAGGAAGAAGGUGAAGAGAAGCCAUUAUAUCCCAUAGCUCCGUCUAAAGCAUGGGGAGGAGAUACUAAAGAUAUAUCAGCAAGUAUUGCUUUCCAAUACUUGGAUGAGUUAUCUACGUCUGGAAAGAUUUCAGGCACCAAAUCAGCUGAUCUAAAGGAUAAAUACACAUUAUUGUACCAGACAUUGAAGCGUAUACAAGAAUCUGAAGUUAGACUGUUACAAGAUGCCAAACGUUUUACAAAUCAGUUGGAGCAACAAGAUUGGGAAAAGUCUGAUCAGUUGUAUGAGGGGUAUAACACAGAGAUUUCCAGAUUGAGAGAGCAGUUGCUAAAAUAUAACAAUGACAUCAAUGAAGCAGAAGAAAGAGAAUACAGUCUUCAGUAUAAGCUGGAAUGCUUGCAAGAGGAGAAGAAACUUUUGGUGCGGGAAUAUGACAGAAUGCCAAAGGCUGGAGAUUAUGAAAAAAGAAUAAAGAUUCUUCAAGAAAACAUAAAAGACCUACAAAAAGAAAAUACCCAGAGAAGGAUGGAGAUUAAAGCACUAAAGGAAGACUUAGAAACAAAGCAAAGACAAAUGGAUAAGGAGCAGAGAGAAAUUGGCCAGAAAUUAGAGCAACAGGAAGUUGUUAAACAUGAACUUGUUCAGCUCAGCUAUGUUCCACAGCAGAUUGGUAAAGAAACUGAGAAGAUAAACCGCAGGAUCGUGGAAGCACAGAAGAGAAAGAAUAUGCUGGAGAAAGAGUGUCAGGUGUUAAAUGACAACCUCAAGCAGAUGGAGCACAAAGCCAGACUGACACUGGAAGAGAAGGAAGAAGUCAUGAAGGAGUUGGAGGGGAAGCGAACUUGGCUCGAAGCAAAGGAACAGGAAUGUAAUCAUCUAACAAAGUUACUGGAGUUAGCCAAAGAAAAUGAAGCUGUAGCACUGGGAGAAAGGGCUGCUAUGGAUCUCAGUUUGCGCCAUGCGAUGAUAGAUAAGCAGACACAGCAUGAUGCACUUACCCGUAAAACCAGAGAAAAAGAGAGAGAUCUGAGAAACACUAAGAAAAUGGAGUUACAUUUAAAGUCAGCCUGUGAUGCUAUAGCACAUACCCAGAAUUUGCAUGAAAAAAUCAAAGCAGAGGUUGACUGUUUUCCCAAAGCUGAUGCACUUAUUGAAAAGAGAAAAGAGCUACGAAAGGAAGUUGAAGUAAUAAGAAGACAGUUUGCUCAACAGCAAACUCUGACCGAGCUAGAGGCCCAUACUCUUGAGCAGUGCAUUGCAGAAGAAGAGCAACUUGUAAAGGAGCAAAGUGAACGUAGGGAAGAGCUGGUCAAUCUAACACGUUUAGUUCAAAUUAAAGCCGAGGAGAGAGAGCAGAAAUCAAGGGAUUUGAUCAAAGCGAAGCAAAGAUAUCAGCAAGUUCUGCAAGAAGUUAAAGGAAGGCAUCUGAUCAUUGGAGAACACAAAAAGAAAAAUCAGGAUGUCCAAAAAAGGCUUAAAGAAUUUGCCAAAAUGUAUGACAUCAUUCGGAAUGAGAGAAAUAAGUGUGUAAGUCUGAUUCAGACCGCUAUGCAACGAGCCUCGGAACUACGAGAAAAAAUAAAAAUUAUUGCAAAUGAAAUGGAGAUACUCAGAAACAAUGUAGUAAACAAAGACAGACAAUUACAGAAGAUUAAGUUAAAAGAGAACAACAAUCAAAUGGUAAGGGACAGUCUGCAGAAAGAUUUGAGCAGAGUUCGUGUUCAUCUUGAGGAAUUGAAAGAAAAGAGAGAACAACAGAAAAUGCAAAUUGGCAGACUCACCAAUAUGAUCAAUCAGGCCGAAGUUGAUAUGGUGCAGCUUCAAGAAAAGUACCAAGCAGCUGUUCAGAACAGAAAUGAGAGGGGUGUUCAGUUAAUUGAGAGGGAGGAAGAAAUCUGUAUUUUUUUUGAGAAAAUAAAUACUCAAGAGAUGAUUCUAAGGAAUGGAGAUUUAGAGAUGGUUUCCAUGGAUGAAAAAAUGCGUUUCCUACAAAUAGAGGUUGCAGAAAAGAAGAGGCAAGUUGAGCAAUUGCAAAAAAGCCUGCCGAAUAAGAGGAUCUUAGAAUCAGAUCUUGUGACGCUUCAAAUUCAGCUAUCCCAGUGCAAUGACAAAGUUGCUGAGUUGGAAAAACAAACUGAAGACCCAGGGAAAGAAUACAGAAUACGCCUGCUGGAAGGAAAAGAUCCAUCACUGCAAGAACUUAUGAGGAAAACAGAGGAGCUAGAGCUGCAUCUGGCACAGAAAGAAGAGCAAUUGUUGGAGAAAGAUUUACUCUAUGAACAAGUUUCACGUCUGACAGAUCAAAUACACACAAAGGCAGAAAAUGGAAAGCUGGACACACUACUGCUGUCUAAAAAGAUGAAUGAACUCCACAAGAAGAUUAAAAACACAACGAAAAAAAUGAUGUCUCAGAUUGCAGAGUUAUCCAUGCAACAAGCAAACUCUAUAAAGCUUCAGGAAGAAUUACGAAACAAGGUAAAAAUAGUGGAGACUUGUUACACCAGGAUGGAACAAGGACUUCCACCUAGUGAAGAAACAGAGAUCGAAUGGAAAAAAAUGAUACAAGACAAGCAUAGACGUCAAAAGGAGAAGGAACAAAAAGCCAGAAUGGCAGAGGAGGAAGAACAGCAUCUGUUGCCCAACGGCGCUUACACUACAGCCGAGCAACGCCCUAAUGCUUACAUUCCAGAGGAUGAAACUGCUCUUCCACUACCUCGACCUUAUGGAAUUUUAGCUCCUUUCAAGCCCAGUGAAACUGGCUCCAAUAUGAGGCACAUAAGGAAGCCAAUAGUAAAGCCUAUUGAAAUAUAAGCUAAUACAGGACUGUAUAGCACCUAGUGUGCCCUUACACAAUGAGAUUGUGUAAGGCACACUAGAAGUAUGGCACACUCAGACACUUUCUGCACCAUUGCUUUGCACCAUUUUCAGUCACAUCUCUGCUGAAGUUGAUGUAUUGUAUUAAGAGAAGCUGAUCACCCAUGACCAGUGUUUAUGGCACAUAUAGAAUUGUUUUACAUAUCAUGACUAUAUGGCUCAUUUGCCAUAAGUGCUUAAUUACUAGGGGGUGCCUUACAAAUUGGUAUACCACAGUAAUUAUAAGGGGAAUAGUUUUGUAGUGAUUCUAAACAUAUGAAUGCCCAGAAUUUCUAAGUACAUUUACAGAGAUCAAACAUGGAUUUUGUGCUGUAAACAUUAUUAUGUAAUCCACAUUUCCUCUGAUGUUAACUCCUUUAUAAAUAUUAAAAUCCCUAAAAAAUAAAUAUUUAUAAAUACAAAGAUAUCUAGCAACUAGGGGUAUCUACCAUGUAUUUCUAAUUAAGUCAAUAAGACAUUUUAGCAAAAGGACACAUUACUUUCUCAAAGAGUUUUACAUUCAUAUUCAAAGGCACAAAAUGCGUAAGGCUGUGGACACAAUAAACUAUUUUUCACUUUGA